AUGGCUUCUGUCGCCCCAAAAGUAGCACGGCAGUUGUCGUUUGCUCAGAAGGUUAAAGCCGCUUUUCACAACUGGUAUAUUUAUGCUUGUGGUUACAGACAACUUGGUAAGUCAAUCUGACUCUCAAGAACAUUAUUCUGUGAUCGCUAGAAUCAAAUGUUUGUCAUUUUACCGGCUCUAGCUCGUUGCAUAAUAUUUAAACUUGGUAAACUGCUGUGAUAUCACAGGCGGCCGUGUAUGCAUGUGUUUCUAAGAUAAAUGCGGGGAAAAGUUCCCUUCUAGCGAACGUAAACUGCAUAACACAACUGUUCAUCUUAAGGUUUUGUUAAAUGGUUUUUUCAUGGUACCUGUGUACGUGAGUUUAAUAAGCUUAUUUCUGUUCAAUAUCCAUAUUAGCCUGAAUUUCAUCCGAUUACUUCUAGUCGUUAUUACUCCCUCAGUGACGUCUGAAUUUAACUUGUGACUGGUUAUGCAAAGCCUCAUCCUUUUAAAAUAAAGUUUGCUUGGCUACAUUUAUUUUGUAAUAACUAACAAAUACUGAAUGAAGCCAAGGCUGUGCUGUAAGGAAGGGAGCCCAGUGCCUUGACCUUGUAAAAUCUAGGGUGCCCAGCAUAUGAUUUGUAUGAAAAAAACUGAGAUCUUUUAGUUGCCGGAGAGCAAUAAAUGGGCGCCAGGCACCACUGAGCUCUGAUCAGCAGAGCUCUGGAGUUUGACUACUCGGUUCAUUUAGUAUCUGGGCCCUUGUAUGAAGAAAAAGACAACAAAACAAUCAGCACUUCAGAUUUUUACUUCUUCGGGUUUAUGUUCUAGGGCUUCGCAAGGAUGAUUUGUUAAUGGAUGACCACCCAGAUGUGGUUGAGGCCAUUAAACGUCUUCCCCCUGAGGAGCGGGAUUUCAGAAACUUCCGCUUAAAGAGAGCUAUGGAUUUGACAAUGAAGCAUAUUAUUCUGCCAGAGGACCAGUGGACAAAGCCUAAUGAGGUAUAAAUAUAUUGCAUGUAUAAUUUAUUUUAUUUGUUUUAUUUAUUUGUUUUUUAGUCACUCAUAUUACAUAAAAUAGAACGUUACAAGAGGUGUUUUAAAUAUAAGUUGUGUGACAAAGAAAUCAAAAGAAGCUGGGAGCUUAUAUUACCGGGUAAUAGGCUUCCUUAAGCUACAUUACAAAGGCUUACUUGAUUGUAGAGGGUGCGGAAAACAUAAAACUUAAGUGACAGAAUGACUAUCAAUGAGAUAAUUUUUCAAAUUUUUUAGGAAAACAAAAACAAAUAUGGAAGAAGUGUUGUGCUUAUUGACUUCAAAAAAGAUAUUAUUUUUAUAUUCAAAUAAUAAUAUAUUUUCUUAAAAUGGAAACAGUAAAAUACAGUCGACUCCUGAUAACUCGAACCAUCGAGAAUGAAUGUUAUAUUUGAGCUGGACUGAAAAACAUUACGGUAAGACAAAGAAUACACAAUUUUUUCCCAACUUAUCACGCGUUUAAAACAUGGUUCUAGUUAUCCAGGGGAAAAUUAUAUAGAACUGAUUUGAAGGGAAACAACAAUUACUUUGAGUUAGUGGGAGGUUCGAGCUAUCAAGGGUUUGAGUUACUGAGUGAAAAAUACAGUAAAUGUACGAAGGAAAUCAAGGGGAAAUUUAUUUUGGAGGUUUGAGUUAGUGAGGGUUUGAGUUAACGGGAGCCGACUGUUAAUUAAUAACUACUGGGUAAGAAAUUGGAAAAUUAUGACAAUAGUGUCGGUGGAAACAUUUAAAAAUGAUGUGAGAAUAUCCUGUUACUUGUAGCAACAAUUUACUCCUGGCCCUGGUUGUUCAAACAUCCAAUAGUGCUAUCCAGGGGAUGAUCACUGUCCAGCAAAUAAGUAUUAGGGAAACUGAUUGCCUAAUCCGCUGGAUAGUGAUUUAUGCAGUGUUUUUUUCGUUAUCCACCUUUUGAACAACUGAGGCCUAAACUACAAAUGCGUAUGGCCACCCUCACUCCACAAUGGCCAAUCUCUGUAGAACAACCAGAGUCACUUAAGGUUGUUCCAGCUGCCAAAAAUAACCUCUCCACAAUACAACGGAUUUGUUUCUUGUUUAUUUAUUAUACUUUUAUUUUGAUUGUUUUAUGUGUUAAUGUGCUAUACACCUUAUAUAAGCAUCUUUUAAAUAACAAAAUGUUGUAUGUUUACACCUCCCUUCCCAUAACAGCCACUUAACGUUUUUCCCAAGGUACUUGUUACUUAAAGAGAGAUUUGAAGUUUAUGUACUUGUGUUUUUACUGCUUCUUUCUGGAAUGGGUGAAUCUCUCAUUUAGUCACCUAUGCUAUUUAUUCUCUUCUAGGACAUAUCUUACCUACGUCCUUAUAUUGAACUUACCAGGAAAGAGAGAGUAGAACGUGAACAGUGGGAUCACCAAUGAUAAAUUAGUUAUGCCUUUUUUGUUUUACCAUUUUUUUGGUCACAAAAUUAAGUUGUGAAAUUUUCUAUGCCUGGAAGAGAACUUUGG